GAUUGAACUCAUGGGCUUGGGCCUGUGGAUUUGAUUACAAAAGCUCGGCUUUUAUAAUUGAGCACCACCUUUGAGUGUUAUGUUGCUGUUUCCCCCUGGCACUGGAUUCUUGGAACUGAAUGGAUUUGAUAAAGGGUUUGAGGUUGAGCCCUUGCGUAGGUGCAAUUCCUUCAACACCACUUAUCACUCUUACUAGUGUUAGCUUCUGUGCCCCUCCUCUCCCUACAACAAAACAAUGUAGUCAUUUUUGCAUCUAUACAAGCACUCGCAGAAAGCUUUUCACUCCAAUUCCACGUGGCAGAAAGAGAGACUCUGAUUCAGAGCCGCUACCAGAACCCUCUGUUGUCCAAGAACUAUCAUUACUAGAAGAAGAAGAAGAAGAAGAAGAAGAAGAAGAAUUCCUCGACGAGUAUGAAUACGAGACAGAGUUGGAUGAUAAUGAUGAUGAAGACGACGGUGACGAUGACGAAUACUUUGAGGAACAAGAGGAGGCUGGUGUGCCUUAUAAUGUUUUGAAGGCAGGUGAUGGCGGCGCAGGCGGUGGAAUCUCCCUCGCUGGCACAUGGUGGGACAAAAAAGCAUUAGCCAUUGCUAAAGAGGUUACUCUCUCUUUUGAUGGCGAAUUGCAAAUUUAUGCUUUUAAAACACUGCUGAACUCCACCAUUCAAGUGCGCAUUGAGAACCUUUCCAAAAAGUCUGGCUCGCCCAGCAUGGAAAAUAUUGAAGCGUUCUCUGCAACGUAUAGAGAAAAAUUGGAUGAAGCUGAACUUGCUAAAUCAGUUCCUGACAAUUUAUGUUUGGAGGUGUCUUCUCCUGGUGUUGAAAGAAUAGUUCGGAUUCCAGAUGACCUAGAUCGCUUCAAGGAGCGACCUAUGUAUGUGAAAUAUGUCAUUAUUAAUGAUCCAAAUAACCCAGCUGCAGAGAGUGAGGGUGUCUUCAUGCUUGAAUCCUUUGACCUGGAAACGAAAUGUUGCACCUGGGGUUUAGCCGAUGUGAAAGUCAACAGACAGAAAUCAGGUAAAAGAAGACCCCUGAAUAAAAAACAAAGAGAAUGGCGUUUAAGCAUUCCCUUUGAUUCCUUACGUUUUGUACGGUUGCACUCUGAUAUUUAAAUAAUUCAUUUUCCCCGGAAGUUGUUGAUUAAUUAUUAGAUUUUUCCAUCUUUCCUAUGCAUAUAGUAUACGUGUCUCAACCUGUAUGUACACCAUAAGCAACUGCAUUUGUAGAUAAUUGGAACAAUUAACUUUUAAAUGUA